UAUUGUGUUAAGUUGUCUUUUUCAUUUCCGCUGUAGAAUCCUUAAAUUCAGCGCCUGUCAGUUCCUCCGUAGCUGCUUGAGACUAAAAAUAAUGCUAGAAGUUUGCUGGUCCUGACUGCUAUUGAAGCUCUUACUCUCUGGUUAAAUUAUCCACCGAUCGGAUUAUUUUAUUUCCUUGUUGGCUGAAUGCUGACUCGUCAAUUUGACUGUUGGGUAAUGAGGAAGCUUGUUCUUGAGUCCCUUUGUUCCAGAGAGGUCGGUGUGGUUGAAGCUGAGCCAUGGCCAACAUUCAGAUUAGAAAGUACCGCAAUGAGGAUGCUGAGAGCGUCAAGGAGCUUUUCACCUUGGGGAUGAGUGAGCACGUCCCUUCGUCCUUCACUCACGUCCUAAAACAGCCACUGACCCAGAUGAUACUCAUGUGCUCCUUCUGCGCUCUCAUCACCAGCUCCAAGUCCUUCCUGCUACCCAUCCUGGCUCUCACGCUCUUCCUGGCUGGAGUCCGACAGAUGGUCGUCUACAUGUUUAACAAAUACAUAGAAACAUGCCUCAGUAAGGACCUCAACAACAUCGGCCAGACCUACCUGCAGCAGAAGGAGUCCUGUUUCUGGGUGGCCGAAAGCGAGGGCCAGGUGGUCGGGACGGUGGCCUGCCUCCCUGCUGAGAAUGCACACGCGUGUUUGGAGCUGAAGCGCAUGUCGGUGCGGCGCAGUCAUCGAGGGAUGGGAAUCGCCAAGGCUCUAUGUCGGACGGUAGCGGAAUUCACUCAAGAGAGAGGUUUUGCAGCCGUCAUCCUUUACACCUCAGUGGUGCAGACUGAUGCUCAGAAGCUGUACGAACACAUGGGUUACACAAAGACGAGAGAGUUCGUUGUGCCAGAGUUACCGGCUAAAAUCUUGAACUUUACGCUGUUGGAGUACAGACUGGAUUUGCAGCAAAAAUAGGGGACACGAACCAAAUCUGAUGUGGACCAAAACCAUUAAUACCCUACCAAGAUGAACAAAGAAAGCCGUUUCCACACCACUACUGCAGUACAAACACCCCAGAGAUUGAUAAUUUUCAGUUUAUCAAUGCUGUAACGAAAAAUCCUCUAAAAGUCCAUUAACACAGAGUGUGGUGUCAGCAG